AUGGCUGGUGAAGGCUCCAAGCGCAAGAGAGCCUCGACGGCCGACAAGCCUACAAAACGUCGGCGGUCGUCGUCCAGCAGCGAGGACAAUGAUGACCCAAACGCCAAGAUCCUCCUGAUGGAGCAGGGCAUCCUCGAGUCCAGGAAAAACUACAACGACAUCACGGUGCUGCUCAGCGCGGCCAAGGAGGACAGCGAGGAGGCCAUGCUCGCGACCGUGGCGCUGUGCCGCAUCUUUGUCAGGCUGCUGGCCCAGGGCUCACUCACGUUCAAGAAGUCGCUGUCCGAGAAGGAGGGAGUCGUCGUGGGGUGGCUCAGGGACCAGUUGUCGCAGUACAAGGUGCUGCUGCUGGAGCAGAUGGCGGACGAGGACCUCGCCGUGACGGCGCUGACGCUCUGCAUGAGAGUGCUCAAGGCCGAGGGCGAGUUUCUCUCCAACAAGGAGGAAUACUCGUUCCCCACGGCCUUCAUCGGAGAUGUUGUCGCUGCUGUGUUGGAGUCGACCAACGAGGAUGUGCGGACGGCGUACAUUGAAGAGUUUGCCGAGCAGUACGACGACAUCCGGUACUUUACCUUCAAGUCCAUAAAACCUGCCAUGGAAGCCAUUGCCUCCAAGGGCGACGACUCCAGCGCGUUGUUUGACCGUGUCUUCUCGCUCAUCUCCGCUCUGGACGGCGUGCCCGAGUCCGCCGACGAGCUGGAAGACUUUUACGUUACCCGGCCGCAGAAAAAGUCGCACCCUCUGCGCUCGGUGACCCAGCACAAGAAGCAGGGCCAAGAGGCGUGGGUGGCGCUCCUGGGAGUCGUCGAGACCAAGGACCAGCGAAAGCGCAUCCUGGACGUCAUCUCGACCAUCAUCGCUCCGUGGUUCACCAAGCCCGAGCUGCUCGCCGACUUCCUCACGAGCUGCUACAACUCUGGCGGCUCGAUGUCGCUGCUCGCGCUCUCGGGCGUCUUCUACCUGAUCCAAGAGCGCAACCUCGACUACCCGUCAUUCUACGCGAAGCUCUACUCCCUGCUCGACCGCAACAUCCUCCACUCCAAGCACCGGUCGCGCUUCUUCCGCCUGCUGGACACGUUCCUGGCGUCGACACAUCUUCCUGCGGCGCUGGUGGCCAGCUUCCUGAAGCGCUUGGCGAGGCUGUCGUUGAACGCGCCGCCGAGCGCCAUUGCGUUUGUCGUGCCGUGGAUCUACAACCAGCUCAAGCGCCACCCGACUUGCACGUUCAUGGUCCACCGCGAGAUCAAGGACGCCGACAUGAAGAAGCACAUCACGGACCACGGCUUCGAGGACCCCUUUGUGGCUGAGGAGUCGGACCCGAUGGAGACCAAGGCCAUCGACAGCAGCCUGUGGGAGCUGGUCCAUCUCCAGUCGCACUACCACCCCAACGUUGCGACGAUUGCCAAGAUCGUGUCGGAGCAAUUCACGAAGCAGUCGUACAACAUGGAGGACUUUUUGGACCACUCGUACGCGACGUUGCUGGACGCGGAAAUGGGCAAGAACGUCAGAAAGGCGCCCGUUGUAGAGUUUCACAUCCCGAAGCGCGUGUUUCUGCCUCAAGACGACCCGACGGCCGCGCCCGACAGUUUGGUCGUUAAGCUGUGGGACUUUGGGACUGCUGCGUAG